UUUCAGUCAGCAGGAGGAUAACUCACCUGUGUGGCUUUUCAGGUUGGAAGAUUCAGGAUUAAAGCUGAAUUUGUCUUUUUGUGUCUCCUCAGAUCUCUGCGUGCUGGUGAUCGACCGUCUUUGAGGUGGUCUUUGAAGACUGUUGUUGAUCCAGCUGGGAGUUCGGAUCAGGUACUGCUCAGCCAGGUUACACGAUGAGCUCUGCCUUCUCUCCUUCGUUCAUCGAACAACGAUCUUCGAACCUGAGCUUUGGCGUGUCUCCGCCUGCUGGACUCUCUGAGGAUCACAGCAUCUCGCAGCACUCAGACUCUCUCUCCAACUCUGUCCCCUUCCUCCUCUACCCGUCCGGCAUGGACCCCACUGGCCUUGGCCUCUACAGAGGUCCUCUGAGGGGCCCUGGCCCUGGGAUCCUGCCCUAUCUGACCCCCUUUCACCACCAUGGACACUUCAGCGUCUACGAGUGUCCAUUUGAACCAGCAUUCAUCCAGAAACGAAACGAGCGGGAGCGUCAGAGGGUAAAGUGUGUCAACCAGGGUUACGCCAAGCUUAGAGACCACCUGCCAGGUCAGAGUGCCGACAAGCGCCUAAGCAAGGUGGAGACGCUGCGGGCCGCCAUCAGGUACAUCAAAUAUCUGCAGGGCCUAGUGGAGCUGGAGGACACCAGGCACAGUGGAGGGGUGUCGCCCAGCACCUCGUCUCCGGGCCUAGACUGCAGCGCUGAGGCGGAGACUUUCACCUGCUAAACAACCACCAUAAGGUCACACUGAAGUACUCUUUCCACUGCCGGGUUCAGACUGCAGGACACUUCUCACAUCAGCUGAUUGCAGAGACAGAUUACAUGCCGCUGUUCUUUACCUGUGUGAUGGCAUCAAGAAGGAGGAGCCAGGAGGAGAGUGGGAGUCACACAAUGUUACAGAGGCCUCCAUCAGUCGGGUGGAUGCCGUGCAGUCUGAACCUGGCAUCAGAGCUCGAGUUUAUCAACAACCCGUUUGUUUGAAGGUGCAGCAGCAGCAAGAACGUGGUCACCACCAGAACACGAGGAGCACGAUUUGUUUCUCCCUUGAGUAUCCCGCACAUGUUAUCCACAUCGUUACCAAAACUGAGUCUGGCAUCCAUCCGAGUCCUAAACAAAGGCAGCUGGAAGUCUUUCUGCUUUAUGAAGAUGUUCAUCCACUGAUCUCCUUAUGGUCAUGAGCGUUGUUGACCCGCCCCAUCAUCACGUGACUUGUUAAGGGUCACAUGGGUCCCAGUUUGAGCAUGGAGGGAAAGGACUUGAGCCGGCUUCAUUUCACUGUAUUGUGGAUGGGUGAGAACUUUAUGGUAAUGGAGGUGUGGAUGCAGAUGACCUCGGAAACAUCACGCACUGUUUGAUCAGAGUUUAAAACAACUUCAUUUUUCUGAGAUGGAGGAACAUGGUAACAAAGUAUAAGAACUGUGUUACAGUAUUUGAAGGUGCAGCAGGAAUACAAUUUUCAGGUACCUCUACUUUGAAUAUUUAUUUUUCUGACAACUUUUUACUUUUACUCCCCACAUUUUAGCAGAAAUAUCUGAACUUUUUAUUUUCUUAAACUGUCAAACAGGCUUGUUACGUUCAGUUAAAAACAUCUGGACGAAGUUUAUACUUCCUGUCACUGCGAGCCUUCAAACAUCACACUGACUUAAAUAUAAAUGGCGAAACAAUAGCGCUUUAAGACAAUCCUAUUGGUGUAUCAUAUAUGCAUCACUUAUAUCGCUACACUCAGGAGUUAAAGUGGGCCAGAAUGAUCCAGAAGAGUGUUUAUGGUGCAGACUUCAACUACUACAGAAGAGCAGCGAGCAUAAAGGUAGUAAUGUUGUAAAGUGUCCGGUAAUUUCAAAUGCAUCAUUUCUAACAAUUCAGCAAACACACAAACGCUUUGUGUGCAGCUUGUAACACAGCGAGUCUGCUAGC